AUCUAUGUUUCUGGAGGUCGUGAUUUAGACCAGAUCCACAGCACUAUGGAAAGAUAUGAUCCCAACAUUGAUCAGUGGAUUGUGUUGGAAAACAUGGAGACAGUUCAAAAAGGAGCAGGACUGGUGGCUGCUAAUAAUGUUAUUUACUGUCUUGGUGGCUUGAAUGAUCUGGACGUCUUCAAUUCUAUGCAACGAUAUGAUCCUCGCACAGGACAUUGGACAGAGGUCACUCCAAUGGCCAACCAACGUUCAAAAGUUGGAGUAGCCUUUCUGAAUGAUCAUAUUUAUGCGGUCGGAGGGUAUGAUGGAACAGAAUGUCUGUCCUCUGUAGAAGCAUAUAACAUUCGCACAGACUCCUGGACAACAGUGACCAGCAUGACAACUCCCCGCUGUCAUGUGGGUGUAACAGUGCUCAAGGGAAGGCUUUAUGCCAUUGCAGGGUAUGGUGGGGAGUCACAUCUGAGCAGUAUUGAGUGUUAUGAUCCUAUCAUUGACAGCUGGGAAGUGGUAACAUCACUGGAGACCCAACGUCGUGAGCCUGGUGUGUGUGUGUUGCGAGAGAAUUGACUCUCGUGAAAGCCUUGCAAGAGUAUUUCCAUGGGAUAGAGAAGCUGUGACAGAAAGCACCGGAUGACUUGGAGUUAUUGAUCUGUGGAUGCCGUGACUAUUUCAUUUGACUGCGCUGUAUGCUCUGCUGCACAUCUUCAAAGCUACUGAUACCAGUUCAGAAACAGAGAAAGAAAAUAAACUCCAUAUGGCACUUUGAGCUGAAACUUGAGAAAUUGCAUCUUCCUGUAUGCUGCCCCUGUGAGCGUGAGAUUCCAGAGCAAACUGAACAUUAUGCCUUUUGACUUGUUGAAUGCCUAAAAUUAAGCAAGUCAUCUUGGUUGUUCCCAAAGCAUCAGCUCAUAAAAGGAGAUGUGCAGUUCCAA